UAUUCUGGGGUGCCAUGUCGCCCGAGCCAUCGAUGGAGCCAUCGGUGGAGCCGUCGGUGGAGCCGUCGGUGGAGCCACCGGAUCCCGCGGCGGAUCCCGGAGGCAGUGAGAUCUCAAGGUACGUUCCAAGGAACCUCGUUCGCAGAGCCUCGUUUUUGGAAGGUGAUGAUGGCAAUUUGCAUGACGUCCACGAAUAUGAAGUUCAAAGCGGGGUAUCGCCGGAAUUCUCUCGCAUUCACUCCUCGGAGUUUGAUUCAGAGGCUGACAGCAAUUGCGAUUAUGUUAAGCCAAAGCUGAUCCUUGGGGCAAACUUCAUUUCGGGACGGCGGAACUCCGUCCCCACUGGCAUCCACGACAAGAGAUCUGCUCGGAUUGUGCACCUUUUCCUUCGGAAUCCGCUGGUGCGGAACGGAAUGGGAAUCUUGACCCUGGUGGAUGCUGUCCUCACCUGUGUAGACAUCGAUGCAAGAGCUGGAGGGACGGGAGGCGAUCCUCCAAUUUGGCUUACUGUGGCCUCCAAUUGUUGCCUUUCGAUGUACUCCAUUGAAUUCCUCAUGUGGGUUUGGGUUCUCCCACUGCGGCGAGCGCUGCGAGACAAAUUUUUGAUGAUUGAUUUAUUCAUCAUCACCAUCGGUUAUGUGGAACUGAUUCUGUUGGCUGCUGGAUGGAACGUUGGCACUUUUGGUUUUCUGCGCGUUCUGCGGAUUGUGCGUAUUAUGCGUUUGCUGAAAGUCUUCCGGAAGAUCCCGUAUUUGAAAGAGCUGCAAAAAUUGGUCAACAUGACAUCGACUUGCAUGAAAACUCUGGGUUGGUCCUUCAUUUUCUGCUUCGUGAUCAUGACUAUUUGGGCGAUGUUGAUGGUCGAAUUUGUCCACCCGCUCAUUUUGGAACUGCAUGAGAGUGAAGAUCUCUUUGCAGGCGACGAGCAAAUCCUGAGAGCUGCUUCCACAGUGAUGCAUGCGAACUUGCUACUCUUCAAGACUGUUAUAGCUGGCGAUAGCUGGGGUCGGAUCGCGGUACCGCUGAUAGAGGCGUACCCCGCCACUGGCAUCAUCUUUGUGGGGAGUUUGCUCACACUCGUGUUCGGAGUGUUGCAACUCAUCGUCGCCGUUGUGGUAGACACUUUUGCUGAGAAGAGAGAAAGAGACGUCCUCAAUCGUGCAGAGGAGAUGGAAAACGACAUCGAGGAAGACAAAAGGUUUCUCCAGCGAAUCUUUGACCGCGUGGAUGAGGAUGGCAGUGGCGAGCUCACACUGGAAGAGUUGAUAGAAGGAGCAAAGAAUGAUCCUGAGUUUCAAAGCAGGCUUCGGGUCAUGGAUAUCGAUGAGUCUGACUUGCAACAGCUCUUCAUGAUGAUCGAUGUCAAAGGCACUGGGCAGGUAAGUCCAGAGGAAUUUAUCCAGCCGCUGAGCAGAUGGGUGCACGAGUCCAAGACAGCCAAUCGCUUCGUGAAGUACAACGUCAUGCGCACAAUGCAUCAAAAUGAUGAGUUGAGAGCUUUCACCAGUGCCAAAUUUGAUGCACUCAAUCUGCAAAUACAGCGGAUAGCCAGCAGUCUGGGACUUUCGAUGGAAACUCCCACACUUUCGAGAAGGAAUUCGAGAAGGCAAAGGAAAACCUCGAAAAGCAAUUCAUCGGACGGGACUGAGCCCAAGGAUUCCAGGCGGAAAGGCGAGAGAGGUACCUCUGAUGCCUCCAGCGUGCCCACGUGCUCUGCAAAACAACUCAGCAGAUCAGGGAGCAAAAGUGAACUGACUAUGACUCGCAUUAACAGCAGCACGGACUCCAAAAGCAACACAACCAUUGCAGAAAGACUCGAGCAGAUGGAGACCCAGCAGCGGCUCAUCCUCGACAACCUCACCUUGGGACAGCCACCAGAGGCCAGCCGCCCACAAACUUCGCCAAUGCCCUGGGAUUCUAUGCAGCUGGGCGAUCACAACUUGUCGCAAUCCAUGACCCUCAGCAGCUUUUCUGGCCGCAGUGGUGGAGUGCCUGGAGGCACAGUUGCCCGACCGGGAUCACCGUCGUCUCUACCAAUGAGCAGUGCCAACAACAACUCGCGCAGCGACAGCACCCAGGAGAAGGAGCUUCCCAUUCCUCCUCAGAUGCUAUCCAGAAAGGACCUGAUUUUGCACGAAGAUCAGCUGCAAGAAAGCGCAGGUUGUGUCUCUGAUCGAGAGCUUGAUGCUGCCUUGCAGAGCGCAAUGCAGGUGAUGGAAGAUUUGCUUCAGAACGCAGCCACUCAGGCGUGUGUCAAAGCUGCAGCCACGUUGCGCGUGCGCCUCCAAACGUUGCUCAGCCGACAAGGAGAAUCAAGAGAUUCGGAAGCGGAAGAAGCACCUCCAAAGACACCUCCAGAGGACCCACCGGACGUGGCUCCAGGCCCAAGGUUGACGAACGUGAAGCAGAGAUGGAUCGGCGAGGUGCCUCACAGAGCGGCGUUGAGACCGCGAGCUCCCGCACAUCCGCGCCUGUUGAGUUUGGGUGACGUCCCUUCACAGCUUUAACACUGAGCCACCAGGGCGGGACUCUGACAACCGAUUACCGCUGGUAACCUUAGCCCUGGCGGCUGCAGACUACCUGCAGAUUCGCUUACUGUACUUCAUAGAUCUUCAUAGAUUUUCAUAGUACUUCAAGUUAU